AUGGCCAGCCAAGCCCGCCGUCACCAUCACGAGUGGCGAGCAAAAGCUGAGAGCUACAAGGACGACAACAUCGCGAUCACCAACGUCGACGCGAUGGUGAAGGCCGAUACACCCUCGGGUGGAAGACAAUGUCCGUCACUGGCCACGCCAAUGUAUGUCGACAAAAGACUCGGCAUCCAAGUUGAUAGUACAAUUGCACACUUUGAGAAGGAGCUGUUUACUCGACGCGUGCGGAGAGCUUCAAGCCAUAUCCACCACUACAAAAUAUCUUCACCUCGUGCACAGCUCGACAUGGACAUAUAUGUGCCACCAUUUAGUGAAGUUACGUUGGCAUACUAUGUGCCAGUUCCAUGA